CGCCGAUAGCGAUCGAAGGAAAAGACGAGGUCGUUCUAAAACUAAAGGGAGGAGGAGUUCUCGACGCUCAAGUGAGGGUAGUUCAAGUGAUCAAAAGAGUGCUAGUACGAACAGUACUGAAACGGGUAAACCUACUGUAGAGAAUAUUACUUUGGAUGAGUUAGUUUGUGGAUUACAAAAUUUGACCCAACAGUUUAUUGAAUUUACUCAAAGAUGUACUAGUAUGGCUGAAGAGUACAUGGAGUCUACUUCACAAGAUCCGGAUUAUGAUCCAGAUGCAGAUAUGAUAGUGGAAGGGUCAGAGGAGGAGGAUGAAAAUAAUUUGCAUGAUGGUGAAGGAGAUGACUCAGUAUCAUUAUCUGCAUUUAUGAAGCUAAAACUUCCAUUCUUUACUGGUUCUACAGUGGGAGAGGACCCACGUAGAUUUUUAGACACUAUGGAAAGUAUUUGUCGUGCUUUGGGAGCUUCGAGCACCAGGUCAGUAACCUUGGCUAGUUUUCAUUUAGAGAACGUGGCACAACAAUGGAUUGCAUCAUACAUGAGGGGUAGAUCUAGUGAUGCCGGUCCGCUUGGGUGGAAAGAGUUUGAUAAAGCCUUUAUGGAUAGAUUUAUGCCUCAUAGUGUGUGAGCGGCUAAGGCCAGGGAGUUUGAGGCUUUGAGAUAGGCACCCAGGAAGACAGUAUCUGAAUAUGAUGUGCAGUUUACGCAAUUGUCUAGAUAUGC